AUGCGCACCUCGAUCUACCUCACCCACUUCCUCACUCUCCUCCUCUGCGUCGUCUUCCCCCUCUACCUCGCUCUUCGUGGCUCCGCCUCGUUGUCCGACAUCGCACUUCUCCUCUCCUCCCUCUCCGAGCGCGCCGAAGCUUUUCACGUUGCGCUCAACUCCCCGCUUGCCGCUCCUCUUGCGCCAAUCUCUAAAGAAGCCUUCGAAGCUUCCGCCGAGCCCGCCAAAUCCGUGCGCACACCCGAAGGCGGGAGAAGGAAGAGAUAUCCCUCCCUUACCGAUGGAUUGGCGCACUGCAUCAACUCUUUCGAGCAGUAUCCGUUCCUCGCCGAGCAAGUGCUCCAGCGGAAGCAUGCACGGUAUGCCAAGCAGACGCCCGCGCAAAGGGCGAUAAGCAAUAAGCUCGGCUAUCCUGCGCACUUCGAGAAAGCCAGGAAGGGGAUUGAGGUGAACGCCCGGUUUUCAGAACAGAUCGCACAGAUUGCAAGGGAGGAUUACCAUACCGGCCCACGAGCACUGGAGGACGAGGAAGACGCGGAGUUCGGAGUUGUGGAUCUAGCGUUUGGACAUCUUUCGCGAGACUGGAGCACGCAGGGCGCAAAGGAGAGGCAGGCCGUGUUUCCGCCUGUUCUGCAUGGGCUCGAGCAACAUUUUGGCGGGAACGGAAUAGGGAAGAAGGUGCUUGUACCCGGAAGCGGUAUGGGCAGGCUGGCAAGCGAUAUCGCUGAUCUCGGGUACGACGUCACGGCCAACGAGCUGGACUACGGCUCCAUCCUGGCCUACCACCUGCUAAUGAACCACACGAGGUCGCUGCACCAGCACACCCUGCAGCCCUUCGUGACCAAAUGGACGCAUCAGGCCAACCCCUCCUCGCGCUACUCCGCCUUAACAGUGCCGGACCACUGGCCAAAUAAUGCCGUCAAGCUCGUCGAGGGCGACUUCUUGGAGAUGUUUCCCCGGGACGGUGAGUUCGACGCCGUUGUCACGCUGUUCUUCAUCGACAUUUCCAACAACGUGGUUGACUUCCUGAGCAACAUACAUCGGCUGCUGAAGCCUGGUGGAGUGUGGAUCAACCUUGGACCGCUGAAAUGGGGCACCCACACCGCUCUCCAGCUCUCCGCGGAGGAAGUGCUCCAGCUGGCAGAUCUGCUCGGGUUCGAUGUGGACCAUACGUCAAGGAAGAGCAUCGACAGCCUGUAUGUUGAGCAGCUGGAGACGUUGCUGAAGUUCACUUAUGCCGAUGUUACCAUCGGAGUUCAAGAGCAUUGUGGUUUAAGUAUGGUAGGCAAGCUAGACAGGGGUUGUAGCGAAGCUAGUCGACCUGCAAGUGGUGGAACAAGCACAGUCACUCAGCCACUCCAAAUGCCUGAUCGCCAGAGGACUCGCUCCGGCUCAUCCCCCGUCUAG